AUGGAACGACACACAGGAGAGAAGCCAUACGAGUGCUCCAUAUAUUGUGGGAAAAGGUUCAGUAAAAGUUCCAAUCUGGUGUCACACCAGAGGACUCACACAGGAGAGAAACCAUUUGAAUGUCCUGAUUGUGGGAAAAGUUUCAGUCAGAAUUCCAGCCUGGUGACACACCAGGAGACUCACACAGGAGAGAAACCAUUUGAAUGUCCUGAUUGUGGAAAAAGUUUCAGUCACAAUUCCAACCUGGUGACACACCAGAGGACUCACACAGGAGAGAAACCAUUUGAAUGUCCUGAUUGUGGGAAAAGUUUCAGUCAGAAUUCCAGCCUGGUGACACACCAGAAGACUCACACAGGAGAGAAACCAUUUGAAUGUCCUGAUUGUGGGAAAAGGUUCAGUAACAAUUCCACGCUGGUGAAACACCAGAAGACUCAGACAGGAGAGAAAGCAUUUGAAUGUCCUGAUUGUGGGAAACGGUUCAGUCAGAAUUCCAAUCUGGUGGCACACCAGAGGACUCACACAGGAGAGAAACCAUUUGAAUGUCCUGAUUGUGGGAAAAGUUUCAGUCGCAAUUCCAGCCUGGUGACACACCAGGAAACUCACACAGGAGAGAAACCAUUUGAAUGUCCUGAUUGUGGGAAAAGGUUCAGUCACAAUUCCAGCCUGGUG